UACAGCGGAUAUGGACCGGCUGACAAAGGCUGAACGGGGUAAUCACGUUGACCAAAACCACGCCCGCCCAUUGGUCGAGUGGGAACGGCGGCGGGGCGUUAUGUCGUCAUUUCCGGCAGUGGCGAAGCCGGUGGUUUGCUCGGGUGGUCGCGCGCGCCGGAGAGAAAGAGACGGAUCUGGCUCGGGAUACCGGCUUCCCCGCCCUGCCAUGGCCUCCCUACUCAAGGUGGACCCGGAAGUUAAGAUCAAGGUAGACUCUUUCAGGGAGAGAAUCACAGGUGAAGCUGAAGAUCUGGUGGCAAACUUUUUCCCAAAGAAGCUCUUAGAACUUGAUGCGUUCCUCAAGGACCCUAUUUUGAACAUUCACGAUCUCACCCAAAUCCAUUCAGAUAUGAACCUUCCCGUCCCAGAUCCAAUCCUACUCACAAAUAGUCAUGAUGGACUCGAUGGGCCCAACAUGAAAAAGAGAAAGCUAGAAGACUGUGAAGAGACCUUCCAGGGUACCAAAGUCUUUGUCAUGCCUAAUGGGAUGCUGAAGAGCAACCAGCAGCUAGUGGACAUCAUUGAGAAGGUGAAGCCUGAGAUUCGACUGCUGAUUGAGAAAUGCAACACGGUGAAAAUGUGGGUGCAGCUCCUGAUUCCUAGGAUAGAAGAUGGCAACAACUUUGGUGUUUCAAUUCAGGAAGAGACUGUGGCUGAACUCCGAACUGUAGAGAGUGAAGCAGCUUCAUACUUGGACCAGAUCUCUAGAUACUACAUUACACGGGCAAAGCUGGUUUCUAAAAUAGCAAAAUAUCCUCAUGUGGAGGAUUACCGCCGCACGGUGACCGAGAUGGAUGAAAAGGAAUACAUCAGUCUGCGACUCAUCAUUUCAGAGCUCAGAAAUCAAUAUGUGACUCUGCACGACAUGAUCCUAAAGAAUAUUGAGAAGAUCAAGCGACCCCGGAGCAGCAAUGCAGAGACUCUCUACUGAGCUGUCGGCACUCUGAACUUAUGAACUGUUCAGCAGGCUCAAGACAGUCUUUGCCUCAAUUUAUGCGACUAUCAAGAUGGGGAAGCUGGCUGGAAACAGUCCUCGCCACACUUUUAGUUAAAAGUCUAAAGAAACUUUCCUAGCUUUUUUUGGGGGGGUUGGUUGGUUUUUAUUUGGGUUUUGGGAUUUGUCCUUCCCAGGAUCUCUGACAUCUGGAAGAUAUGGGGCAGAGCUUCUGUUUCUACUUAGCUGGAGAACAGGAUAAAGGCCAUCCUGUUCCAGGCAAGAAUACCUUAAAUGUCAGCAGCUCUAAACAACCCUGCUCUGUAGCUGCUCGGAGGAGUGCUCCGUUUUAGGUAGUUUAUCCCUGAUUGGUCAAUAGCAGCACCAAGUCUUAAUAAGACCUGACCUGUUCAACCACUGGCUCUAUUAUUUUGGUCUUCCCACUGAAAAAGCAGUUUUGGGGAAACCGGUGCCCCUCUCCCAUGGCUGUCUGUAUCCAUCUUCAUGACCUGUCCAAUCAUGCCGAUUUUAAUGCCCUUAAGCUUUUUUCCUUCCUUCAUUGAGUGUGUUUGUUCUUCUGAAUUGGCACUAAUUACUUCCAGAGGAAAAAAAUCAAGAAGGAUUUUCUGCUUUUGCCAUGACAUCCAUCAGUCUAACAAGGAAUCCUAACAGAAAACUGGAAUGCAGUAGGCAUUCUCUGAAUCUCAGAUUGGGGAGGGUAGAGCAGGACUCCUGAGACAGUUGGGCCAAUGAAAUUAUUUUUUCUAAUAGCAGAAUGGUGUGUUUAAGAUCCAAAGUCUCUGUCAUGUUUUUCCUUUUUCUCUCUCCUGCCCAAUUUAAAGAAAUCUAGCAGAUUAUUUUCAGCUGGGGAUCCUUUAAGAGAGCCCUGGAAAGUAUGCUUAGUUCUUGCUCCCUGAAUGAGUCCUGCUAGACUUCUUUAGUUUUGCCCUUUUCCAUUCUGCAAGGAAGCAGGAAGGGGGCGCCAACUACCUGGGAUGCUGCAGUUUCCCUGUGAGAUUUGCUCUUAGCCUUUAUAUUUCCUCUUGUGCUGUAGUCUCGUGAGUGGUGUUAGAUUUGUAAAGCAAACAAAACAAAACAGUGGCAGGGUGAAUGAUGUUUCUUAGCCCCCUCUCCCUUUCCUUGGUUGUCUUUAAAAAAAAAUAAAGGACCCUCCACUCUGCCAGCUCUGCCAUGAAGCUCAUUCUCCCUGGGUUCUUUGAAAAAUGCCUUUGUGUCAUUGUCAUUUGUUGCUGGGCAAGUUUUAGUCUGACCCAGAGUAAAGGUUCUUACAAAAGCUGCCCUUAUUGUAGCUGCUACCGGAAAGCAGCCUUCCCCCUAUUUCCUUCUCCUGUGUUUUCUUUGUACCGGCUGCUUUCAUUGGAUUGUUCAUAUUUCCUUGCCACAUUGAACGUAUGUACAACUUUUACUAUGUCAAAUUAAAAGUGAUAGGUACUUUGGAUUCAUCCUUGGAAGUUAA